UUUUUUUUACCCUUUUAUAGCAAUAGGAGAAAAUCCGCUUGUCAUAUAAAAAGUCACCAACUUUGAAGUAUCACUACAAAAUUAUUCUCAUUUCAAUUCUGAAUUCUCAGAUCACAGAGAGAAAAUCCGCCAUUUUCAAUCCCAUCAAGCUCAAUUACGAACUUCUGAUCGCUAAGUUUGGGAGAGAAUCAUCGAAAAUGUCUUCUUCAUUUGACAAUUUCAGCAACGAUGGCGAAGAGCUUCGAGCUUCCGAUCGUCCAUUUGAUGAUGGUUACAUCGGCUACGAUCCUCGUUUACCUUCACAACGCUUCGAUCCUUCUUCUUUUGGCACUGAGGUUAAUGUUGAAUCUGAAGUAGUUGGUGAUUCGCAUAUGCAGUUCGGUGGAAACCCUAGCUUUUCGGAAUCCCCGUUCAGUGAUCCGAUUGCGGUUUCAAAUGGUAAUGGAAAUGUUUAUGGUGAGGAUGACGACAGAGUUUUCUCAUCUGAUGGUCCUAUUCUUCCUCCUCCGGAUCAGAUGCAUGAAGAAGGUUUCGCUCUUCGUGAAUGGCGGCGUCAAAAUGCCAUUAGGCUGGAGGAAAAAGAGAAGAAUGAAAAGGAAAUGAGAAUGCAAAUCAUUGAAGAAGCCGAGGAGUACAAGCGUGCAUUUUUUGAGAAAAGAAAACUCAACACCGAGACCAACAAAAAUAAUAAUAGAGACAAGGAGAAGAUAUAUUUGGCUAAUCAAGAGAAGUUCCAUAAAGAAGCGGAUAAACAAUACUGGAAAGCGAUUGCGGAACUCAUUCCUCAUGAGGUUCCCGCAAUUGAGAAGAGAAGAGGAAAGAAGGAAGACGAGAAGAAGCCCUCAAUCACUGUUGUCCAUGGUCCGAAGCCCGGGAAACCCACCGAUAUGUCAAGGAUGCGACAGGUACUAGUGAAGUUGAAGCAUACUCCCCCACCCCACAUGAUUCCACCAAAGCCCGAGCCUGCCAAAGAUGGAGAAGACGGAAAGGAAGGUAAAGACGCCAAAAUGGGAAAAGAAGCAGCAAAAACCCCUGCUGGUCCCAUCAAAGAAGCUAAUGCUAACGGUCCUCAGAAGGCUGAAAAUGAAGCUUCAGCCGCAGAGCAGCCACCCAAAGAAGCCGAGCCUGUUGCAGCUGCUUGAUUAUACCUUAAUACAUUUAUCCAAAUCUCCUUUUUGUUCGUAUUGUUUGCAUACACCGUCCUGAUUGCAAACUGUUCAGAUUUCACCUGGCCCAUGUAUUAUGAGAAUGAUGUAUUUUUUUGUUCCAUGCUUAUUAUAUCCCACGAGACUUUAUUUCUCCACAUA